UUUUAUAGUUAUAAUUUUUGAUCAAGCAGGUAGCGCAUAGCCUGCAAAAUACUUAUAACAAUAUGCCACUAAUGGCAACACCAUUUUGUAAUCUAUCUAACUUCCGAAUGCGAUGUACGACUACGAUGCCAAGAAACGAGUCCGACCACCGACGCCAACGAGAACGACAACGACAGUGCGACACAAUCCGCCAUGUUGCCGACCACAACCGAGAAGUUUGAUAAGAAAUUAUUACUUCUCGUGAAAGAAAACCCGGUUCUGUAUAAUACGAAUCAUGCCAGAUAUAUGGAUUGCAACGCGAGGGAAGUUGCAUGGCAAAAAAUUGGGGACGAAUUGAAGCGGCCCGCUGCUGAUUGCAAAAUUCGUUGGAUAAACAUUAGAGACGUGUAUCGGAGAAUCUUGCGACAGCUAGCAACUAAUACGGGUCUUCGAAAAAAACAGUAUAAAUAUGAAAAAGAGAUAUCAUUUUUGAAACCCUUCUUUAAAGAUAUUACAUCUUUCUAUAAAUACGAGUCAGACCAAGGCAGCGACCCUGUGAUUAAUGAAGAAGAAAGUAAUGACGGUUGUGAUGAACCUAUUCAGCCAAUAGUAGAGAGGAAAGUAAGAAAGAAAAGAAGAAGGGAAGUGCCAUGCCAAGAUAGCGAUGACCAGGAGGACGAGAAUCCGACUAUUCUUACAGAUACAUCAAUGCCAACUGAACUUGACGCAUCGGAUCCCGUUGAUGCAUUUCUGAUUAGUAUUGGUACAACGCUUAAGACAUUUUCCCCUUAUCAUUUAAAUGUUGCUAAAAGUAAAAUAUUUUCUAUAGUACAAGAACACGAACUUCAACAAAUUGUUCAAAAAGAACGGUCUGGCACAUCUCAUGACAAUAAGAGGAUAUCCCCUUCAGAUAAUAAUAUCAAUUUUCUGGAAUAGUGGUAACAAAUGUUACAUAUAAACACAUCAAGGCGAAAUACCUAAUAUGCAGAAGAUUACGUGCAUGUACAAAUUUUCAUGUAUGUGUGGUUUAAAAAAAUUCAAACUGUAUACUCGCACAUACCUUUGUUAGUGUUAAAUUAGACAAUAAAAACGAUUAAUUAUUA